GGAAUUAGUCGUGCCUCGAAACCGAGAAGCAGCGGAAGGAAGCCGCUGAAUCGAUACAUGUUAGAAACAGAAAGUGAGAGUGUCAGUACAUCGGCAAAGAAACUGAAACUUAGUGAACAUGAAUAUCAUACUAAUGUGGACGCAACUUUUGGUUAUCGUGUGAUCAAUUUUGUAACUGUUUUUGCAGCAAUUUCUGAAUUUGUAGUGUGCAAAGAGUGUAAAUCUCCCAUAAAGUUUCAAGAAGCAAGUAUCCGUGGAUUGGGUUUUAAAAUUGCAAUUCUUUAUGAACAAUGCAUACUGAAAUAUAUAAACUUGUGUCCUGUCAUAAACAAUCACGCAUAUGAUAUAAAUCGUCGUAUAGUUUUGGCUAUUCGAUUGCUCGGUGUUGGUGUAAAUGGCAUUAAAAAAUUCUGUGCAUUCAUGUGUUUACCAAAUCCAGUAUUCCAGUCAUUUUAUGACAAAAUAGUUUCGACUAUUUCUAUUGCUACCGCAGCCGUACGAGAAAAAUCAAUGAAGAACGCAGCUGCUAAAGAGAAAGAAUUGUCAGUACAGAAGGGACUCGCAGAAGGGAUAGUAGUUUCCGGCGACGGUACAUGGAAGAAGAGGGGAUUCUCGUCUUUGUUAGGCGUUACAUCAUUGAUAGGGUGGUGCACCGGAAAAGUCAUUGAUGUUAAUGUAAAGUCGAAAAUAUGUAAUCAAUGCAAUUAUUGGAAAAAAAAGAAGGAACGGCAGAAUAUGAAGAAUGGGCUGAGACACACAAAGAUAGCUGUGAAAAAAAUCACGAGGGAUCGGCAGGAAAAAUGGAGGUUGACGCAGUAAUUGAAAUGUUCCAACGAUCAGAAGAGCUCCACGGUUUGAAAUAUAGUCACUACGUAGGAGAUGGAGACAGUAAAACAUUUAAAGGUAUUUUAGACUCGAAUCCAUAUGAAAAUUUGGACGUCAAGAAAAAAGAAUGUAUCGACCACGUUCAAAAGAGGAUGGGAACGCGACUUCGGAAUUUGAAAAAAAAUGUACGAGGUCUUGGUGGCAAAGGCAAACUAACCGGAAAAUUAAUUGAUGAUCUAUCAUUAUAUUUUGGUCUGGCAAUACGUCGAAAUCAUAAUUCAAUUGUUAAUAUGAAGAAAGAAAUAUGGGCCACGCUUUAUCACAAGAUUUCCACGGACGACAACCCGCAGCACGAUAGAUGUCCAGAUGGCGAAAAUUCCUGGUGCUCGUGGAAAAAGGCUAUAUCUCGCAACAAACUCGUCAAUUAUCAACACAAAUCAGCAAUGAAAGACGAAGUUUUCAAUGCUGUUAAAUCCAUUUAUGAAGAACUCAGCCAGGAUAAACUAUUAACACGGUGCUUGGGUGGGUUUACGCAGAACAGCAACGAGUGUUUCAAUUCUGUUCUGUGGGCGCUCGCUCCUAAAACCAUGUCCAGUGGCAAAAAAAUCAUCGACAUUGCUGCUGAUAUUGCAAGAGCGGAGGUUUCGAUUACUGAAGCUGCUCGAGAGGCUAGAAGAAGUGGUGUUUCUGCUCACAAGCUUGCUAAUGAAGAAGAAAUAGAUGCUGAAGGUAUCCUGUAUGGCGCAGGUAUUGCAGAUUGACGGUUAGUUGAAAAUAUUUAUUAGUUUCAUGUAUGUAAAACUUUAAACGCGUUUUUCUCGAAACGAUAUUUUUUAAAUCUGCGUGUCAAAUUAGUCUUCCAUUUUUCAUCGGAUUGACUUGAAACUUUGCAUAAUUCUUCCCUAUGGUAUAAUCUAAGGAUGUACGUAGGAUUUUCUCUGUAGCGUUGUUAUUUUAUUUUUGGUGCACAGUUUUAUAAACUUU